AUGUUCUCAACUUUGGCCAUUCUUUCUGGUCUUUUGACCUUCAUCAAUUUCACAACUACCGUCACCGCUCAUGGCUUCGUCCAAGGCAUCGUCACACCCGGCAACAAAUGGUAUCCCGGAGCUCAACCCUGGUGGCGUGUCAACCCCAGCAUCCCUCAUGCCAAAUCCGCCGGCUGGUCUUCCUUGAACCAAGACCUCGGUUUUAUCUCUCCUUCUGAUUACGGCACUGCAAACAUUGCUUGCCACAAGAGUGCCAAAUCCACAAACACACGUAUUCCUGUCAAUGCUGGUGACAAGGUCAAGUUGCUUUGGUCUGAUUGGCCUGAAAGCCAUAAAGGCCCUGUCAUUACCUAUCUUGCCAAGUGCCCUGGCGAUUGUUCUAUUGUCAACCCUGCUACUCUUGACUGGUUCAAGAUUGAUCAGGGAGGUUUGAUCAAUGGAAAUCCUGCACCUGGCACAUGGGCCACAGACACCCUGAUCGCAAACAACAUGUCUUGGAGCAUUACGAUUCCCUCCUCUCUCAUCGCUGGCUCCUACGUCCUUCGCCAUGAGAUUAUUGCUUUACACAAUGCGGACCACGACAACGGCGCGCAAAACUACCCCAAUUGCAUCAACUUCCAAAUCUCCGGAAAAGGAACUGCCAAACCUGCCGGUGUAAAGUACAACAAGCUCUACACAGCUCAGGACAAGGGUAUUUCAGUUAGCAUUUACUGGCCUACUUUGAUCAGCUACACUUUCCCUGGUCCAGCUUUGUGGAAGGGCGCUGUCAAGAGAUGGGUUCAGAGGAUCUUUGAGGCGUAG